CCCGAGGGCGCAAGCCCGUCGCCGCCGCCGCCACCGCCGCCGCCGCCGCCGGGCUGGGACCGCUGUGCGCCCGCGGCGUGAGGUGUGGGAGGGGGCGCCGCCCCUGCGUCCGCCGCGCCGCCUCGCGGUGUCUGCCCUGGCGUCCGGCGCCAGCGCGGUCCGAAAAUUUACCCUGACCUGUGUCUGCAGAGCGCGGGUGGCAGCGCCACCUGCUUCGGAAGCCCCUGCGCCCCGGCUCAGAGGGAGCGACGCCAGGGCGGCGUGGCGGGUCUCUGAGGACUAUGCGAUGAGGAAAGAGGAACUGGGAGCCUUUCCUUUAAACUGAAGUUUGAUUUCUUCGCAGAGUUACCGUGGCCUUCGGAUCUAAAAGCUGUAAGGAGUGGCGUGGCCAGCUUCCAGACAGCCUUCGCCCAGAUUCCGCGGCUGUUAGCAUUUGGGACGCUCGCCUGCACACACCCCCCCACCCCACCCCCCCCCGCCCCGGCUGCGGCCUCAGAUUUGCCCGCAGAGCCCUCGGAGCCUAAGUGAAAUGUAGUGCCUCCCUCAGCUUCCCCAGAGUUCCUUGUGCGCAAGAGAAGGGAGGUCGUAUGGCAGUUGUUGGAAGCUGCAAGGGCUGCGAGGAACACCGUCACCUUUUGGAAGUAUGACAGAUACAUAGCAUCUAGCAAAAUAAUGGCAGCUGCUUACCUUGACCCAAACUUGAAUCAUACACCGAAUUCGUGUACCAAGACUCACCUGGGCGCCGGCGCGGAGCGGUCCCCCGGGGCAAUGGAGCGGGUGUUGAAAGUCUUUCAUUACUUUGAAAACAGCAGCGAACCAGCUACUUGGGCCAGUAUUAUCAGGCACGGGGAUGCGACUGAUGUCCGGGGCAUCAUUCAGAAGAUAGUGGACAGUCACAAAGUAAAGCACGUGGCCUGCUAUGGAUUUCGCCUCAGUCACCUGCGGUCAGAGGAGGUUCACUGGCUCCAUUUGGAUAUGGGUGUCUCCAAUGUGAGGGAGAAGUAUGAACUUGCACACCCACCAGAGGAGUGGAAAUAUGAAUUGAGAAUUCGUUAUUUGCCAAAAGGAUUUCUAAACCAGUUUACUGAAGACAAGCCAACUCUGAAUUUCUUCUACCAACAGGUCAAGAGCGACUACAUGUCAGAGGUGGCUGACCGCGUGGACCAGGACAUUGCUCUGAAGCUGGGCUGUCUGGAAAUCCGGCGCUCGUACUGGGAGAUGCGAGGCAACGCGCUGGAGAAGAAGUCCAACUACGAAGUGUUGGAAAAAGAUGUUGGUUUGAAGCGAUUUUUUCCUAGGAGUUUACUGGAUUCUGUCAAGGCCAAAACGCUACGGAAGCUGAUCCAACAGACGUUUAGACAGUUUGCCAACCUUAACAGAGAAGAAAGUAUUCUGAAAUUCUUUGAGAUCCUCUCCCCGGUGUAUAGAUUCGAUAAAGAAUGCUUCAAGUGUGCUCUGGGUUCAAGCUGGAUUAUCUCAGUGGAACUGGCAAUUGGCCCCGAAGAAGGCAUCAGUUACCUCACAGACAAGGGCUGCAAUCCCACACAUCUGGCCGACUUCAAUCAAGUGCAAACCAUUCAGUACUCGAACAGCGAAGACAAGGACAGGAAAGGGAUGCUGCAGCUGAAAAUCGCCGGCGCGCCCGAGCCUCUGACAGUGACAGCGCCGUCCCUAACCAUCGCCGAGAAUAUGGCGGACUUGAUAGAUGGGUACUGCCGGCUGGUGAACGGGGCCACACAGUCUUUUAUCAUCAGACCCCAGAAAGAAGGCGAACGGGCUUUGCCAUCGAUACCAAAGCCGGCCAACAGCGAGAAGCAAGGCGUGCGGACACACGCGGUCUCUGUGUCAGAUGAAAUUAGUGGGGACGAAACAGAUGAUUAUGCUGAGAUCAUAGACGAAGAAGACACCUACACCAUGCCCUCGAAAAGCUAUGGAAUAGAUGAAGCCAGGGAUUAUGAGAUUCAGAGAGAAAGAAUCGAGCUUGGACGGUGCAUCGGAGAAGGCCAGUUUGGAGACGUCCAUCAAGGCGUCUACAUGAGCCCAGAGAACCCAGCGCUGGCGGUCGCAAUUAAAACAUGUAAAAACUCUACUUCGGACAGCGUGAGAGAGAAAUUCCUUCAAGAAGCCUUGACGAUGCGGCAGUUCGACCACCCUCACAUUGUGAAGCUGAUCGGCGUCAUCACGGAGAACCCCGUCUGGAUAAUCAUGGAGCUGUGCACACUCGGAGAGCUGAGGUCAUUUCUGCAAGUAAGGAAGUACAGUUUGGAUCUGGCGUCUCUGAUCCUCUAUGCCUAUCAACUUAGUACAGCUCUCGCGUAUCUGGAGAGCAAAAGAUUUGUGCACAGGGACAUUGCUGCUCGGAACGUUCUGGUGUCCUCAAAUGAUUGUGUAAAACUAGGAGACUUUGGAUUAUCCCGAUACAUGGAAGACAGUACUUACUACAAAGCUUCCAAAGGAAAAUUGCCAAUUAAGUGGAUGGCUCCAGAGUCCAUCAAUUUUCGACGUUUUACCUCAGCUAGUGAUGUGUGGAUGUUUGGCGUGUGCGUGUGGGAGGUCCUGAUGCACGGCGUGAAGCCCUUUCAAGGAGUGAAGAACAAUGACGUGAUCGGCCGGAUCGAGAACGGGGAGAGGCUGCCGAUGCCGCCGAACUGCCCUCCGACCCUCUACAGCCUUAUGACGAAGUGCUGGGCCUAUGACCCCAGCAGGCGGCCCCGGUUCACUGAGCUCAAAGCUCAGCUCAGCACAAUCCUGGAGGAGGAGAAGGUCCAGCAGGAAGAGCGAAUGAGGAUGGAGUCCAGAAGACAGGUCACGGUGUCCUGGGACUCCGGAGGGUCCGACGAAGCGCCGCCCAAGCCCAGCAGACCCGGUUACCCCAGUCCAAGGUCCAGCGAAGGAUUUUACCCCAGUCCUCAGCACAUGGUACAGACCAAUCAUUAUCAGGUCUCUGGCUAUCCUGGAUCCCAUGGGGUCACGGCCAUGGCUGGCAGCAUCUACCCGGGCCAGGCAUCUCUCUUGGACCAGACGGACUCCUGGAAUCACAGAGCGCAGGAGAUAUCAAUGUGGCAGCCCAGCGUGGAGGACUCGGCGGCGCUGGACCUGCGCGGGAUCGGGCAGGUGUUGCCGACCCACCUGAUGGAGGAGCGGCUGAUCCGGCAGCAGCAGGAGAUGGAGGAAGAUCAGCGCUGGCUGGAAAAGGAGGAGAGGUUUCUGAAACCCGACGUCCGGCUCUCUCGAGGCAGUAUUGACAGGGAGGACGGAAGCCUCCAGGGCCCGACUGGAAACCAACACAUCUAUCAGCCUGUGGGGAAACCAGAUCCUGCAGCUCCGCCAAAGAAACCGCCACGGCCUGGGGCCCCCGGUCACCUGGGCAGCCUUGCCAGCCUCAGCAGCCCCGGGGACAGUUACAACGAGGGUGUCAAGCCAUGGAGGCUUCAGCCCCAGGAAAUCAGCCCCCCGCCCACUGCCAACCUGGACCGGUCCAACGACAGGGUGUACGAGAAUGUGACGGGCCUGGUGAAGGCUGUCAUCGAAAUGUCCAGCAAGAUCCAGCCAGCCCCACCAGAGGAGUACGUUCCCAUGGUGAAGGAAGUCGGCCUGGCCCUGCGGACAUUACUGGCCACCGUGGACGAGACCCUUCCGGUCCUGCCAGCCAGCACUCACCGAGAGAUCGAGAUGGCCCAGAAGCUGUUGAACUCCGACCUGGGCGAGCUCAUCAACAAGAUGAAACUGGCUCAGCAGUGCGUCAUGACCAGCCUCCAACAGGAGUAUAAGAAGCAGAUGCUGACCGCUGCGCACGCCCUGGCCGUGGACGCCAAAAACUUGCUGGACGUCAUUGACCAAGCGAGACUGCGGAUGCUCGGACCCACGAGGCCGCACUGAGGGCGCUCUCCGCGGACGUUCUCCGGCCUUCCACCAGCAUGAGGGGCCCCGGGUCCUCGGCCGCCAGCACGCGCCGCGCCGACGGCUGUGACUGACAGCUGGUUGAAAGCUCUUUCAUUUCAAUUUAACCACAUUUGAUUUGAGUUCAGUUUUUUUGUCUCUUUCUUUUCUUUCUUCUUCUUUUUUUUUUUUAAUCAUGGCGUUCAGAAAAGUCCAGGAUCCAAAACGUGGCAUUUUUCUGAGAAUGAAAAUUGUUCGUGAGACGCUUUUAAGAAUCUUGAAGAACAGAUGGUGUUCACGUUAGGGUGUUUCCGUGGAAGCGGCCCCGGCGGUGGUGUGCGGACUCGAACCAGCCCAGCGAUGUGUUGGGAGGCGGGGAGACGGGGCGGAGAAUGCCGGGAGACCCGAGGGGCUGGGAAUUCUUCGGCGAGCUGCGGAGCCGCGGCCGGACUCCAGUCUCUGUUGGGAGAGCGUUCUUGAGGCGCCGUCUGCUAGCACCGCUUUAAGAGAAGGAAUGUCAGAGCUAUAUUUUGAAGACUUGAGUCGUUUCAGAAAAAAGCAACCACCCUUUUGUCUUUCCUGCCUUUUACUUUCCUGUCGGAUAUGUGAAGAUUUGGUUGGAAGCUAGCUGUAGAACACACUAAAAACCUUGUCUUUUUUCACCAGAAUAAUGUGCCAGUUUUUUGUAGCAAUGUUACUUCUCUUGGAAGCAGAAAUGCUUUGUACCAGAGCACCUCCGAGCUGCGCUGAGAAGAGGUUCUGGAACCAACCCUGUUUUCCAGUUUUAUAUAAUUUAUAAAGAAAGAUUGAAGCCAUGUUGACUCUCUCGCAGCCACUGGAGCUGACUAACCCUUCAUCAUGUCUGUCUUCCCAGCGGAGAAUUAAGCAAAGCAGAGAUUCGGUUUUCUUUUGAUGUCCAGUUACACCAUCCAUUCUGUUAAAUAAUUUUGAAAAAUAUGCCCUCCCUUUAGUUUGUCGGGGGAUAUAAAUUAUUCUCAGGAAGAAUAUAAUGAACCGUACAGUUACUUUGACCUAUUAAAAAGGUGUUACCAGUAAA